GAGAGAAAGAAAGAGAGAGAGAGUUCCGGUUGUGAGGGGAAGUGACGUAGCUGUUCCUUGUCUCAAGUGAACGACAUGGCCAGUGUACAGAUCGAGCGAACUGGUGUAAUACGGGACGAAAAAACAGGGGAGACGUUUAUUCCUGCCUCAAAGAGACCCGACGGCACCUGGAGAAAACCUCGUCGUGUGAGAGAUGGCUACAUACCCCAGGAAGAGAUGCCAGUGUAUGAAAGCAAAGGUAUGCAGUGGCUAAACAGCAUGCCUAGUCUACCCCCAGGCUUAAACCCGACAGAACCAGCCACAGCUAAACCAGUCAAAGUCUCGAAGAAACAGAAAAAGAAGUCUCAGACAGAUUCCGUGAAACCGCCGCCGCGAGAGGUUGACAAUUCAGUGGAGUUUGUUGCUCGUAAACUUGACGACCUCACCUGUAAAGAUUCCCGCAAGAGCCAGGAACCUUCGGAGCAAGAGUUUAAAGUGGUGACCUCGAAAAAGUCCAAAUCUAAAUCUAAGGCCGCUGCGGAGAAUGUGACCACUACGACCACCACUACCACCACCACCACCACUAACAACAACAACAACAACAACACUAACACUAACGCCACCCCUACAACCGCCGCCGUUACUACCAACAACAACAACAACAAUUGUAAAGCGAACUCGACUCAAAAAACAAGCAAGUCCAAGGUGAAAGCGACCUCCUCCUCCGCCAACACCACCAACACCACCACCGCCGCCACUGCCAAUAACAAUAAAAAGAAUACCAACAACAGCAACAGCGGUGGCGGUGGUGGUGGUGGUGAUGGUGGUGGGGAAGUUGGGGACGGGGUCCAGACGGACCCCGGGAAACGGCUCCGAAACCUAAAGAAGAAACUGAAACAGAUUGAGGAGCUGGAAGCGAAGAUCAAGGGCGGACAGCUCAAUCCGAGCCAGGAACAGCGCGAGAAAGUGACUCGGAAAAAAGCUGUCAAGGCGGAAAUUAAAAAACUGGAGGCCAUCGUCUGUUGAUUUUGAUUGGCCUCGUUAAUUAAUCAAUCAAUCAUCAAUCACUGGUUGGCAUGGUAAACAAUAAAAGUCAACAUUGGUUCGUUUUAAGACAUUUUGCUCCACCAUCUCCGCCGCCGCCGCCACCACCACCACCACCACCACCACCACCAUCAUUAUCGUCAUCGUCAUCAUCAUCACAUCUCACUUAAUUACUCCUUGCACGAAACAACAGCAGCAUCAGCGGUGGUGGUCGUGGUGGUGGUGGUUGUCGUGGUGGUGGUUCAAUCGAGAGUCUGGAAAAUGGUGCAACCGUGUGAGCACGUGUGUGUGUGUGUGAGCAUGUGUGCGUGUGUGUGUGUGUGUGUGCGUGUGUGUGAAGGAGGACGUGGGUGACGUAAAAGGGUGGGGUUUGAGAUUAAUUGUUUUUUUUUUCCUUUUUUUUUUCUGUCGGUGUAAUCGUCAAAGAAUCCAUUCAUCUUCUGUCACAGUCUAUCAAAGACAACGAGUUUAUUUGUGCGUGGUGUGUUUUAUUUUAUUUUUUUUUUUUUUGCAAAAAAAAAAAAAGUUUUCUUUUUGUGUUUA